AUGCUCCUCAACGAUCGAGAGUCUUACAAAGUCAGUAACACCGCCGACCCAAAAACACCACCGUCAAAAUUGAGUAAAACCCUGAGUCGACUAAAGGAAGAAAAGGUCGUCACCAGCAAGGACUGGUACAUGGCAAAGCCCACCGAAGCAGCCAUGGUACGGUUCUACGGCCUCAAAAAAGAACACGCCAGUCUUACUCCUGUGGCCACUCGUCUCCCUCCGAGGCACGCCAACAUACGGACUGGCAAACUGGCUAUUCCGGAAGCCGAAGCCCUUGCUGCUGAAACUAUCCGGGACCUUGUACGACAGAAUUACGAGGAGAGAGAGGGUCAACCCACAAUUCAAGACCUCAUAGAGCUCACAGAACACUGUGGUACUAUAAAAACUCAGAGACGGCUGUUCGAAGAGUACGAGCCUACUUUUCGGGCACUCUACGUGAACGAAAUCUACGCUGUUAUCAAAGAGAAUAGUAUCAGCAACUGCAAAAAAAAAUUGAACUCUAUGUUCUCCGAUCUACAUUUCACGAUGGACGAAGAGGUGGAGGGCAGACUUCCGUUCUUGGACGAUCUCGUCUGCCGUCAACCGGACGGCAAAAUGGCGGCGUCUAUCUAUCGUAAACCGACAAACACUUUGAAAAUAUUGAGUUACAUUAGCAACCACCCACUGUGA